AGCUGGACUGCUUUCAGUGCGCGCUUUAGCUUUACAUAAGUCAGAGCGCGGUGCCGGUGGAUGUCGUACCUGUAUGGAAAAUGAGUGUAUUAGGAAGAUGUAAUAUCAUCAUUGUCCCAGACAACCGCGGACGCUGUUACGUUUUCCCCUUUUGCAACAUCCUUUUUUCACAGUUCACGGAUUACUGAAAUGGUGUGUUCAAUGCCGGGAACCGUGGCAUGGCGGACUAUUUCUUUUAUUUUCAUCAUUGUUCACGUCUGAUGUAUUCAGAAUUAAUUUUUCACUUUAUCUAUCAAUUGGCCUUUCAAUAUAAAAAGUCUGUAGAUAUACGCAAAUGUAUGAAAUUAUGGAUAGAUUCGUUUGAUGUUACUAAAACAUAGAGCAAGUGUACGUUUAUUUAAUCUGGCGCACAACUAAAAGCAUUUUCUUACCAGUUUGGUAAAGUUUUGGGAAAUCUUUCACUUGGAAGCAUCAUCCACGGGAGCAAUUUUAGGAUUUUUUCAGGAUCUCCAUGUGAUUUCCUGCCUGGUGCCAUUCCAGUCUUGCUGGCAUUUCAUGAAAGGGGGUUUCAGACCGGACUUAUAGGCUUUUAAAGAUUGGACGAGCAAAUGCACCAGAGGCAACACUGCAAUGAACACUGAUUCCUUUCCCGGAGGACAUUCGUAAGGUAAAAAGGCGUGCCCCAAUUACCUUGCUGGAAGAGGACACCUUUGGUGCAGAGGGAGCCUAUAGGGUGAGGUGGUCCCCUGCUGUACGGCUCUGCUGGCCAAGCUGCAACUAUGGACAUUGAGGCGAGGCCCCACCCCUCAUGCCUGGUGACCCUGCCCUCUCCCCCACCAUGGUGACGGACUCUGCCACUCUAAUCUACAUUCUGCUAGAGCUGGUGAUCGCGGUCCUGGCCGUAUUGGGAAACGUGCUGGUCUGCUGGGCCGUGUGUCUCAACAGCAACCUCCAGAGUAUCACUAACUUCUUUGUGGUGUCCCUGGCGGUGGCUGACAUUGCUGUGGGCGUGCUGGCCAUUCCCUUCUCCAUCACCAUCAGCACGGGAUUCUGCGGCCACUUCUACGGGUGCCUCUUCAUCGCCUGCUUCGUCCUGGUGCUCACCCAGAGCUCCAUCUUCAGCCUCCUUGCCAUUGCCAUUGACCGCUACAUUGCCAUUAAGAUCCCCUUGCGGUAUAACAGUUUGGUGACUGGUCAGCGGGCCAAGGGGAUCAUCGCCAUUUGCUGGGUACUGUCUGUAAUAAUUGGCCUGACGCCCAUGCUGGGCUGGAACAAAUACACCAAUCCCGACAACAGCACAGCCCCCUGCCCCACAGGCAUGAUGGCGUGCCUGUUUGAGGCAGUGGUCGUCAUGGACUACAUGGUGUACUUCAACUUCUUUGCCUGUGUGCUGGUGCCCCUGCUGCUAAUGUUGGGCAUCUACUUGCGCAUUUUCAUGGCAGCCCGUCACCAGCUGAAGCUGAUUGAGUUGAAAGCUGUGCACGGAGAGAAGUCGCGUUCCACCCUGCAGAAGGAGGUCCAUGCCGCAAAGUCCCUGGCCAUCAUCGUGGGGCUCUUCGCCGUCUGCUGGCUCCCGCUGCACAUAAUCAACUGCUUCACCCUCUUCUGCCCGGGCUGUGACCGCCCCAUGGUCUUGAUCAUGUACCUGGCCAUCAUCCUCUCCCACGCAAACUCAGUGGUCAACCCCUUCAUCUAUGCCUACCGCAUCCGCGAGUUCCGCCUCACCUUCCGCAGGAUCAUCCACCACCACGUGCUGGGGCGGCCCGCACACUUUGAGGGCGGUAGCAGUGCCCGCACGUCCACCCGCACCAGCAUGGUGGACGUCUGCGCCUCCAAGGUGAACGGGUUUAGCCUGGACUCAUAUGCUGAGCAGAGCAGCAGCAGCAGCAGCGGUGUGGCUGCCGGAGACAGUGUGCCCGGGGCUCCCCCUGACUCAGACAGUACUCCCCGGGCAAGCCUGAAUCUGGGCACCCUUUCUCAGCCAGGCUUCAUCCCAAAAACUGACCUUGCGGAUGUCCCUUUCUCCCCCCAAUUGCAGCAGCAGCCGCGUGUCGUGGGACGUACGUUUCAGAAUGGGGGCAAGCACCAGCCUACUCCAGGGACAGAGAUUAUGGAGGUUAAGGAGAGCAAGGAGUUCUCCACUGCCAUAAAAGUCAAAUCACUGUUCUUUAAACAGACGGACCACUGUCCAGAGCUCACACAGGUGUCGUGAUGGCUCAAAAAAAUGGAAAACACUGCACUGUAGUUUUUAGUUUGUAGUAUCUCUAGUAUUUAUUACCUUGCCUGGUGGGAAGAAUGGACCAAACAAUCGGACUUGGACAGAUGUGCUGAAGGGUUGCAAGGCUGCACCUUAGGUUCACAGGGGUUCAGUAAGUCAACCAGACUCCCACCCUUAUCUGGACCUAUGCUCCAGCAUCUCCAUCAGAUGGUUUUGGAAGAGGGGGAGGGCUGGAAGUGUUAAUGUUAAGGCACAAAGCCACUCAUUUUCAAAGUGUUUUAACCUUUCCUGAGUCUGUUCAAAUCUUAAUGGGUUAAGAGCAGGACCAAAGAUGGGUAGCCUGCAUUGGACCUCCUAGUACAGGAGGGUACAGUCUUUUGUGAGGCAAUACCCCCCCCCCCAUACACACACCUACACACACACUUUCCUUUGGAGGAAUUCCAACAAAUUGCUUAAAGUCUUAAUUAUUCCUACAGAUCAUCCAUCAUGAAAGACCAACCCUCUCCUCAGGCAGAGAUGCAAGCCCUCACAAAAGUGUCCUAGAGGACAGGCCAAGUUACUGUGGGAAUCAAUUAAUUAACGAUGCGGUCCUGCCACCAAUUUGCCUGCUUCAAAUGUUCGUUGUCAGGGAAAAACUUUUCUAAUGAGACUUGUCCAACCAAUAUGUCCCCCUUUGGGUGUGUUUGUUAUAAUAUUUUUGUUGCUGAUAAAAUGUUUUAUUUAUAUGUGGGUUCUACAAAUGAAGUCACAAUGCUAUAAAUAGCCUGUUUCAUGCUAGGCAGUAACUUUGGAAAGCUUUCCAUUUCCAUUCCAUUAGCUUAAGGAGCAGAUAAAGAGUAAGUGAAAUUGAAAUUGUGAAAAGAUGGCAUCUAACUGCUGGGUGAACAAACAGGCAUUAGAGUUCCAAGUUAUAAAUUCCCUACAGAAGACAGAUGGACAGAUUGACAGAUCAGUGUAUCUCAGGUUUACUGUUAAGACUUCAUACCAGGAACAAACUGUAACACAAGACAUAAAGGUAUUUUAGAACAUUCUCACUGUAGGUAGGCAGCAACUUAGCAAGUUUACUAUGAAGGAAAGAAGAUGUUUAACCACAUAUCUGAGUAUCAAACUGAUACAUUAGCAGUAAUGUAGUAGUCAAUAUUAGCCAGCUGCUUUGCCAAUAAGUUGUCUUUACAUUGCAUUAUAUUACAUCACAUUUACAACUCAAAUUCAGUGUUAUUAUUUGGAAUAGCUGAGCUGAAAAACAAGCACACAAGACCAGUCACAGUAUAGCCUUUCAAUUUAAAUGUAAUAGUUUUGUUGCCAAAUGUGACACACAUACUUUAUAGCCAGUGGAAAAGCAUGCAGAGUUGUUGUCCGGCAUGGAAGUCACAAAUGCUUAUAUAACAUCAGUGGUGAACCCUUGUAAAUAGGCACCUGAAGUGGUCAGUAAUAUACAUGUGAGUUCAUAGCCUGUAGUUAUGUCUCCAUUUGCUCUGCCCUUUCCACCGUGCUGGUGUAAGAAUUGGAAAAACAGAAGGUUUACCUUUAACUGCAUUGGAUUAGUCAGAUAUAGCUAUUGUAAAGAUCUGUGAUAUAAUCCAUGGUUAGGAACCAAAAUAAUAACAGGUGUACACAAGAAUAACUGUACAAAAACUGUUCCUCUGUUCAUGAUGGAGCCUAUUUACUUUUAGAUGUUUACAUACAAUGCCUGCCAUCCCAUUUUGUAUAUUAAGAACAUCUGAUCAUAAUUUAAAGGCAGUUUAUAAUACCUCCGAUCAGUCUAUGGUCUGUAUUUGUGCCAGUGUGUUGAUGACGGACUAAUUAAGCUAUCCUCAGCCCUUGAAAGGCGGUAGCCCUUGUGCAUGAGAAUUCCAUGUUAUUGAUCCAGAUGAAGGCUCUGGUUAUAUAAUGGAAUUGUAGUUGUGCUUCAUUUGUCUACUUUCCUUUCUCUCUGGGUUUCUUUAAAAAUGAUUGUUCAAUAACCCCUCUGCUUUGAAGCCCAAAAGUAGGGGAAACCAUUAAGAUGAAUGUUGAAUUAUGUAUCUUUGUGCCUUUUCAAAAAAUAUAUUCAUACAUUUUUUGUGAGCCUGUGGUGUAUAGUAUAUCUCAGAUUCUGAGGGGGUGGGUCAAAAAACAAGACAAUGUUGUACCUCCAUUUCUAAAUAUGAUUGUCUUAUUUAAUAAUAAAAAUAUGUAUUAUGUA